AUCUUUAAUCUCAGCACUCAGGAAGCAGAGGCAGGUUAUCUCUGUAAAUCUGAGGCCAGCCUGGCCUAUACAGUAAUUUCUAAAGUAGCAAAGACUGCAGAGAGACACACUGUCUUAAAAAAUGUUAAUUAACAAAUAACAAAAACUAGAACCUGGAUCAGUUUACGAAGUAAAUCUCUCAUAAUUAUCACAUGAUGGCAUCGAUUCGUGAUCGAAAGUCUCAUCACGCAGAAAUGAGCAAAUGCCACAAUCAUGACUUCAAGCCAGCAAAGUGGAAUACUUCUCAAGAAGAACAGAAACAAAGAUCAGCACUCACUGCCAGACAACCUGGAGAAAAUGGUUUUAUAAGAGGAAGAUCCUCUACAGAAGAACUCAAAACAUCUCCAUUGUCUGUUGUUCCAGUCCUUGCUGUAGCCAUGGCUAUUCGCUUCACUGUUACCACAUUGAUGUGGCUUGCUAUUUUCAUAACUUUGUUGAACAACAAGGACAUUCUGGUUUCCUCAAGAGAGGGUUACUGUGGCCCAUGCCCUGACAACUGGAUAUGUCACAGAAACAACUGUUACCAAUUUUUUAAUGAAAACAAAACCUGGAACCAGAGCCGAGCUUCCUGUUUGUCUCAAAAUUCCAGCCUUCUGAAGAUAUACAGUAAAGAAGAGCAGGAUUUCUUAAAGCUGAUUAAGUCCUAUCACUGGAUGGGACUAGUCCACAUCCCAGAAAAUGGCUCCUGGCAGUGGGAAGAUGGCUCCUCUCUCUCACCCAACCAGUUAACACUGGUGGAAAUACCAAACGGAUUCUGCGCUGUCUACGGCUCAAACUUUAAGGCCUACACAGAAGACUGUUCAAAUCCAAACACGUACAUCUGCAUGAAAAGGGCAGUGUAAAACUUUCAUUAACUAUCUCAGCAACAACCAGGACCAGAGGAUUGUCUCAAGGGAGCCUGGGACUAAUAAACAGAGACUGAAAUAAAAUACCGGGUCUGCUCCUUCCACAGAACGAUUAGUUGGACAUAUUGUGUCCAAUAAAACAAGGGAAGCCUGGGGAGCCAGGGAACCAUGAGCAGGGGUAGAGGGAGCAGGAGAAUCAUGAGUGUGGUUGAGGCCUAUCCAAACCUGAGAAACCUGGUCCUGCCCUACUGGAGGUGGUCAUGUUGUCCAGUAGCCUCUCCCCUUAUAAGGUCAAGUCCAUUGGCACCUGGAAUUCCUCCCAGAUAUCCCUUACUCAUUCUCUAAAGGUAUAAAUAGCCAUUUUCCCCUCAA